ACAAUCACGUCAACAAUCGCAGACGCGCUACUUCAACGCGUACGUGGGAACAAACGUUCCCACGAUGCCCUUGUCAAACUUAAACUAACAAUAGAAACACCGCUCAUUGGACACAAGUUUUUACUCGUAUACUACGCAAAGCGGUUUGGAUGCUUUUAGGUCUAAUACACAAACUCAAAUUGGAAGACGUAGAUACGUAGACGUAGAUACGUAGACGUAGAUACCGUAGAUACCGUAGAUACCGAGAAAAAAUGACUACCUUAGCUUAACGUCAAGGAGCAUGGAAAACGAGUUUAACACGCUCGCGUCCACGACUUACCGGAUCAGCUACCCGCUUCGUGCCUCGAUCCUACCACCCAUCAAGUACCACCAGGUACCAGCCAUCCAGCUACGGGACGAACCCAAGCUAUUACCCCGGGAGUUCCCCAUCUCACCGGCCGGUCCCAGCCGUGGGUGGGAGAAAGGCACGGGGCAGGUGCUGCUACCCGAUAUCAAAUCAUUCACAGAUAAGCCAAUCGUCCGAGACCCACCGCCUCACAAAAUAACCAGCAACCUGCCAGCUAAGCUCCAGCAACCACCGCUCCAGCAGUCCACGGCAGACCAGCAGCGGCAACUCGCCGACCCUCUCCAGGGGCUCAGCGAGCCGCUGGCCCCGGUGGUGCCUCGGUGUGCGGACGGUUACCCGGAGGAGGUCACAGAAGGCUGGGUGGAGGAACUGUGCCGGUCCUACCACUGGAAGACCUCGAGCAAAGAAGCGGCGAAAGAAGGGUGCUUACGGGUCCCCGAACUCAAACCACCGAGUACCACCAUGGAGCCUCCCUCUGAUUUCUUUGUGUACCGGCCUAUGAGGUACGACUCCCACCAGUUGCCCUGGCAACGGGUGGCGCCCGUGUGGGACCGUCUUCAAGAGCGCCCUCACGUGGGAGACAAUGUCAGCAGUCGGCAAAUCGGCACGCAAACAUCUCCCAACCAGAUGGCGAUACCAACUGCCAAGAAAGCGCUUCCGAAGAAGAAAGAGAACAUUUCACUAGACGAGAGGAUCAAGCAGUUGGUCAGAGAAAACAAACUGUCCAGCAUGUUCGUGCGGACCUGCCCUGGUUACGUUGGUUACGUUCCCAGGUCACCCCUCAACGUUUCCAUGGAAGCGAGCCUCGUUCCUGAUCUGCGCACCAUGACAACCAUGAAGUCGAGUUACAGGCCGUUUGCCACCAAGGAAUACAGCAUGAAGGAGUUUGCGCACAAGGGCCCUCUGUCGCGCACCGUCACGCUAACCUAUCCAUACAACCCGUAUAACAAAGUGGAGAAUCGCGCUGAAGAAAUCGAACAUAAAUGGUAGACGUAGAAUGGCAAAAAUGGAUGGGUGGUCCUACAUUGAAACACAAUGAAAAGAAGACAACUCUUUGCAAAAUCAAUAGAGAUUCAUACACUUCACGCUAAAUCAUUUCAAUAGUAUAGGCCUAUACAGACUUUAAACACGAAAGAUUUAAACCUACAACUGAGUUAUGAAAACUGUUGUCCAAGCAUAAUGCAAAAUUUUCCUUCGUUAUAGUUUCAAGCAAGGGCGGAUCAAGAACCAUUUUUUUCGGGGGGGGGGAAAGAGGGCUCGAGUACCUUUUAUCAAAAUGGUGAAGGCGAUCAUAUGGUAUCUGAAAGAUGGUUUGCGAGGUUUUAAUUUAUUUUUUGAAUAUUCAAGACAAACAAGGGUGUCUUCACUCCGAUUAAAACAGAAAAUAAAUCGUGGUCGCCGCACCCCUCCCCCCGCCUCGGAUCCGCCAAUUGUUCAAGGCUGGUCAAUACUUAUGCAAAUCGAAUUUGUGUUCUCGAGUGUUUAGGCCUACUUC